CUGACAGCGAGGACGCAUCCCGGAACAUGGGUUCUUCAUUGUCCGGGCCUUUUGAGCCUCUCAAGGUCGCUGAACCUCCCGAAGGCUCCGUCUCUGCCAACUCUGCUCCCCAAGAUACAUCCGAAGAGCGUCCCGCGCAAGCACCCAUAUUUAAUAACUGCUGGAGUUGUCGCUUGCUCUCCGGGUCGGGACUGAUAGGGGCGGGUACUUACGUGUACUUGGUGGCACGGAGGCCCAUGAAGCUGGGAUACGCCCCAGGUCCAGGAGCUAUUGCGCAGAUGGUCAUCGGCAUCAGCAUUGCCUGUUGGGGAGUUGUUAUCCUGGCAGACCCCAAAGGAAAGGCCUACCGCGUUGUUUGAAAGUGCCACCAGUGAAUUUGUUGUCUCCUGUCCUUGGUUCCAUGACACACACAGCAAGUGAAGGAUUUGUGGAGGUUCUGGACAGCCAGGUGGACAUGGAUAGGCUUCACUA